AUGUCCUCGAACGACGACCGCGAUGGAGAAGCCGAGGGCCAACGGAAGAAGCGAAGGCUGGGCAGAGCAUGCGAUCUGUGUCGGAGCCGAAAAAUCCGAUGCGAUGGUUCGCAAGAGGAAAACGAAGCAUGCUCGACCUGCAUCGACAUGAAUGUAGAGUGUACAUAUCUCAAGAAAGCUGCCAAACGACCGCCGCCCCGCAGCACAUACAUAGCCAAUUUAGAAUCCCGCCUUCAACACUCCGAAGCUCAGCUUCGAGCCCUCAGAAGCGAACUCUCUGCAGGUCAUAUCGGCUCUGGCUCGUCCUCGGCAGCCUCCUCACCGCCAACCCACAUAAACGACACCAUCAUGCCAGGAGAUACAAACGGCUCGUUGUUCAUGCUUAGGACGACACUGCAGAACCUGAUUCUCCCCCCACCCGAACCCACGGCAGAAGAUCUGGAACACAUAGCGAUGGUCAAGCAGUUUGAACGGCUGCGCGUGGAAAGCAAUCUCAGCCUCCCGAAGGACGAAGUGCGCUUCAUCGGCAAGUCGUCAGGCAUUGCGCUUGUUCAUGCCGCCAUGGAUUUGAAAAGGAAGGUCGGGAAGGACGGAGAUCCAAGGCAGGCCGACAGUCACGGAGUCGGUGGGAGGGACGGUGCAGUUAUGGCUUCGAGAAGAAUGCAAUUUUGGACCUUCCGGCCGUGGGCAAACACUUCGGUCCGCACACACAACUAUACUUUCCCUCCAAUACCGCUUAUGAAUGAGCUCGUUGAGCUCUACUUCGCGAACGUCAACAUCUACCUACCCUUGUUACAUCGCCCAACCUUCGAGAAGAAUGUGAGGGAUGGAUUGUUCUUGAGCAAUGACCCAUUCGCAGGCACCGUGCUUCUAGUUUGUGCGGUUGCCUCUCGCUGGCAUUCUGAUCCCCGAGUCGGCGCACCAGGCGGGAUUGGUGUAGGCUUGGACGAUCGAUACGGACGAGGCCCAGUCAGCUACUCAGAGUUAUUCUCAGCGGCCGAUUCUCCCUCUACCGCCGCUGCAUAUGCUGCGUUACCCAGGUUACACACGCCGACUCCUACGGAGUCGGCGCAAAUUGCGGCUGCAUCGGGCGGUCCAGGACAAGGAUUGGCGUGCGGAUGGGCAUGGUUCGACCAGGUCCCACCGCUGGCCAAUCAGAUGUUUGGUCAAACAACGCUGUACGACCUCCAGAACGCUUCUCUGGCCAUCCAAUUCCUCGAGCGAGCCGCAUCGCCCCAUAUCUGCUGGAACAUCGUCGGUACCGCAUUAAGGCUAGCCCAGGAUCUCGGGAUUCAUCGACGUUCCGCGCGUUUUGAGAAGCAUACUGUCGAACGGGAGCAAUUCAAACGGGCUUUCUGGGUUCUUGUUUUUCAAGAUCGAAUGCUGAGCUCUGGUAUGGGGCGGCCGUGUAGUAUGCAGUACGAAGAUUACGACGUUGACUUGCCCAUCGAAUGCGAUGAUGAAUAUUGGGAGCAUCCCACCCAUGCGUUCCAGCAGCCUGCAGGUGUACCCUCCUACGUCGCCUUCUUCAACACAAUGAUGGGCCUCAAUCAUAUCCUCGCAGUUAGCUUGAAGAUACUGUACUCUUUGGCCAAGUUCCGUGAUGCCUUUCGCGGUAUGGGCGAACGCUGGGACGAGAAUGUUGUCGCUGAGCUUGAUUCGGCAAUGAACAAUUGGCGAGAGCGGGUCCCUGCGCAUCUCCAAUGGGACCCCGCUCGCACGGAUCCAGUUUUUUUCGACCAGAGUGUGGCCAUCCAAUGUGCAUACACAUAUGUCCAGAUCCUCGUCCAUCGCCCAUUCAUACCAAUGCUGCGCAAGUCCCAGUCAACGACCACGCUACCUGCCCUUGCAAUUUGCACGAGUGCUGCGCGCACAUGCGCCCAUGUUGUUGACGUGCAAAUGCAGCGGAAGGGGAAAGUCCCCGUGGUAUUUAGUUUCCACGCUGUUUUUUCCUCUGCGAUUGUUCUGAUCCUCAACGUUUGGAGCGGAAAGCGCACUGCUGGCGGGCAGGUUGACAUCCGCUCUGUGGAUGUCCAUCUCGCCAACGUGCGGAAAUGUAUGGCUGCUAUCGGCCUAUGUGAAGAUCGAUGGCAGCAUGCAGGGAUGCUGGGCGACCUGCUCGUCGAGCUCACUUCUGUCGGUCAACUGCGCGACCACAGGCAGCCCUCAGACCGGGAGAAAGGGCAAUCGUCAGAACAAACAAACGGCGCCCCGGCCGGGAUGGCAGAUGUCGAUUCCUCCCUGUUUUACCAAGCCAAUGCCAUGCCGACCGCUGCUGCGCCAAUCUGGGACCAGUACGCAAACGGCGCGCCAUACAACCCACUCCCUGACGGUGGGCCGCCUAUGGCGGAAUUCGGACACGGCGACAUCGAGAUGCUGCUUGAUAUGAGCAUGAUCGACCGCGAGACGGCGGCGAUAUGGGCAAAUGCACCGGUUGGCCUCGAGCUUACCGACUGGGGGAAUUACUUUGGUCAGCAAGAGAUUCCGGCAGGUGGGAAUCAAGCGGGAUAUGAGCCUGGUGUGGGGAUGCCAUGGAGAUGA